AGCGCGAGCAAAGCUUCCGCGCGGGCGAUGGGGCUGCUGAGCAUCUUGAAGAAGAUGCGACAGAAGGAGCGGGAGCUGCGCCUGCUGAUGCUGGGCCUGGACAAUGCCGGCAAAACCACCAUCUUGAAAAAGUUCAAUGGAGACGAGAUUGACACCAUCUCGCCCACGCUGGGCUUCAACAUCAAGACCCUGGAGCAUCGCGGGUUCAAGCUGAAUAUCUGGGACGUGGGGGGCCAGAAGUCCCUGCGCUCCUACUGGCGCAACUAUUUUGAGAGCACCGAUGGGCUCAUCUGGGUGGUGGAUAGCGCCGACCAUCAGCGGCUGGAGGACUGCAAGAAGGAGCUGGAGACCCUCCUGGUGGAAGAGCGUUUGGCUGGUGCCACACUUCUCAUCUUUGCCAAUAAGCAGGACCUGCCAGGUGCAUUAAGUCCCAGCGCCAUCCAGGAGGCCCUGGACCUCGACAGUAUCCAGACCCACCAUUGGUGCAUCCGAGGUUGCAGUGCUUACACUGGGGAAAAUCUACUGGUGGGCAUUGAUUGGCUGUUGGAUGACAUCUCAAGCCGGAUAUUCACUGCAGACUGAGAGAAUCUAGCAGUGUUU